UAUAACUUUUUAUCAUUAUUUAACUGUAGCCGUGAUCUCAAUACAUUAUUUGUAAACAAAUUUUAACUCAAAAUUCCGCAUGUUAUUUCAGUAUAAAUUUAUUUUAUUUUAUUUACCAUGCAUCCUAUGUUUUAACUUUACAUAAAAAAAAAUAAUUGUUUUGUUUCAAUUGAAAUAUGACUAAUUUAUCAAUCAAUGUUGAUGAUUCUGAUUUUGAUAAAGUUAAACAAAGUCUAUUAAUCGAGAACGAAUUCUUAAUAAAAUUGAUUGAUACUAUUCCUGCUAAAAUAUAUUUCAAUCAUGAUAUCCAAGAAAGAAUUUUGUCUGAAAAGCAUGCUGUUAUGGAUGAAAAAGCUGAGGCUUUGAAAAAAGGUGUGAAACGCAUUCAGCUAUCUGCAAAGGGUAAACAUAAAAGAGCUAGACUUGAUCCCUUAUGUCAAAAAAGUGUAUCUGAAAUACAUAAGGAAUUGGAAGGGAAAAAGCAGAAAAAAUCUCACAAGAAUAAAGGAUUACAGGAACGUUCAGUAUCAUUAACAAGAGCUGCUAAUAUUGAAGAACUUCAAAAUCGCCUACAAGAAAAGAUUAAGGAAUUUCGGGACAAACGUAAAAGUCUUGGUCAUUCUAAUUCAGAAACGAGUAGAAAGCUUCUGACAAAACUAAAGAAGAUAAAACAGAAGGCUAACAAAGUUAAAAAAGAAAAGCAAGUACUAAACCCUCACAAACCUACUCCAAAACAAGCUGAAGAGAAAAAUCCAAAACCUGUUUAUAACAAAGAAGGUAAAAUAAUCUACAGCAAACUAGACUUCACGGAAAAUGGUGAAGUGGACAACAAAAAAAGUGAAUUUUCUGGAAAAAAUUAUAAAAAGCUCCUGAAGAAGGCUGAGGCAAAAAAAGAAAAGAUUAAAAGUUUAAAAGAAACAAACCCUGAACUAGCAGUUAAUUUAGAAGAAAAGGAGAAAUGGAAGAAGGCCAUUCUAAAAGCUGAAAAUGUAAAAGUUAAAGAUGACCCUUCACUGUUAAAGAAGACCAUCAAAAAAACUGAAAAGAUUAAACAGAAGAAAGCCAAAGUAUGGAAGGAAAGAAAGGAGCAGGUAGAAGGCAAAAAGCAAGCUCGUCAAGAGAAGAGGACCAAAAAUAUUGAAAAGAGAAAAAAGGCUAAACUAGAUUCUAAGAUAAAACGUGCAAAGAAGAAAGGUCGUGUCAUACCUGGAUUUUAAUGUGGAUUUUGUCAUUAUUGAUGUCUGUACUCAUGUAAAUUUUAUCUGAAUAUAUCAUCAUCCACAACA